AUGCCAUCACUCUCGGACAGCGAAUUAUCUGCGCGGCGGACUGAAGUGGGACAUAGACGCCGUCCGCGUCAUUUUCUUCGUCGAGGAGCUGUCACGGAGUUGACGGACCCAUCCACCGGUAACCCGAUACUACAAGGCAUCCGGGAUGAUCGGCCGAUGGCAGCAUCAUUGCAAGGUUGGGAGCAUUACAACAUUGCGGCACGGCCGGAACGGGACCGAGAUCAUGAUAGACCGGCACCAGAACAGCAUGUGCGGCUCAAUGAAAUGAGCACCGUUGUAUUCUUGUUGCUCUUUUCAUUGACAGUCGCCGGCCUCGUCAUUGCAAAACUCGCUGCAGAUGCUUUUCUUGCAAAGGUCCACUGGAGACUUCCAUUCCCAUCUCUAGGGUCCAUCUUGGUCGGCGCGGUUCCAAAAGCCUCUGAAGCCCCGUCGCCGUCAUCCUCGCCGCCGUGGUUCAAAUCGGUUGCCGAAGUCGGUGGUAUCAUGUUUAAAGGCAUUGUGACGGUUUUUGGUGGCAAUUACAUGAUCAACAACGGUACUCGGUGCCUCAUCGACUUCUUGCCUGCAGGAUAUAUGCCACGGAGCCUCCUUAAUAAUGGCACUAUUACGCAGGUUCUCACACUCAUUGGUUUCGCCAUCCUCCCGACCGCAACAUCGGCCACGUUCUCCGUGGUUGCGCCCGGCAGCUUCUGUGAUCCGAAGACCAACAUCUUUCGCUUCUGGCCGCCUCGGACCCGGGAUGACAUCAAAGCGAUGCUGGACGGUUGGGUUGGUCUCGCAGGUCUCCAUUUCAAAAUGGGAGGAAGUAUGACGCAGAUGGCCAAGUGGACUUGGACAUUUGGAAGAGCAUCCAUGUGGCUAGUUGGCAUCGGGUUAUGGACGACAGUUGAGAUAUACUUUGGCCCAUGCCGGUACUAUCCUCUCGUGUGGAGAUUUUGGUUCUCUGUGAUGUCGGUUUCUCUGGUCUCGUGGUUCCUUGGCAACGCCGAUAAGUUAAUCGUAACCAAAUGCAAGUCAAUAGGGCUUGUGCACCUGGAGCUGGUGGCGUAUCUCGCGGCCUGUUACGUCGUCAGAUGGGCAGAACUUGACGGGUUUUGUUCGAAAGCGGACUGCUGGUAG